GGCAGCGUGCAACAAGCAUACAUUUAGGCGCAUUCCGGCGGGACGCGGUCACGGUCGGUCGCAGGACGACCGUAGUCGCAAGGAGCAAAAAAGUGGAGUGCCAGUUGCCAGUCGCCAUCAUCGCCACCGCAACCGUCGGGCGUAUGUGGGCAGUACUUCGCGACACGGCGGUCGGUCUGCUCGCCGAGAUACACUCAUUGCAGAAUGAGGCAAAAAUGUCAAUUAUAAUAGCAAUCGUCUUCAUGGGCUUGCUAGAGUUAGGACGGUCGCAGUACCUAACGAACACGGUACAUAAGACACCAGCUGCAACGGAGAAGAUUAACGAUCUCUGGUGCUACUCGUGCAACGCCACCGACGAUGGUGACGCGUGUAUCGAGCUGUCGUCCGGAAAUAAUGCGUCCUACGUUAAAAAGUGUAACCCGGAAGAAUUUAUCUGCAUGGUCAAACAAUUUUCCUACACGACUAGCACGGAAAACUCCACCUCGACGCCGAAGCUGUGGUCGCUCGAGCGACGCUGCAUCAGCAGCUGCGAAGCGGGUUGCAUAAUUAUAGGUGAACGCACGAAGCUAUACGCGUGCACUAGCUGCUGCGAGAAGUCGCUCUGUAACACCGGCAAGGCACACUCGACCAAUCUGAUCGCACACUUCCGGCGCCCUUCAACCACUCUCGCGAUGGGCCUGUUGAUAUUUCUUAGCGUAGCGAAACCCAUUCUACAAGUGAUGCAUUAG